CCUCAACUUACACAACACCCAAGCACACUCCAAGCACCGCACUCAGCUACGCAGCACGUACCUCAAGCUGCUCAGGCUCAGACUCAGGCUCAGACUCAGGCUCAGCUACAGUGACCACAUUCCGAUUCCACCAAGCGAUCGGCACUCCGGCAGCUAGCAAUGGACGUGGGUAUCGACUGCUGGAUCAGCUCCCCUUCCUCAUCUACGUCCGGGCACGAGCUCGGGGUGGCGGUGCCUGUGUGGUCGCCGGCGGCGAAGCGGCCCGCGGGGCGCACCAAGUUCAAGGAGACGCGGCACCCGGUGUACCGCGGCGUGCGGCGCCGGGGCAGCGCGGGGCGGUGGGUGUGCGAGGUGCGCGUCCCCGGCAAGCGCGGCGAGCGGAUCUGGCUCGGGACCUACGUCGCCGCCGAGUCCGCCGCGCGCGCGCACGACGCCGCCAUGCUCGCGCUGCUCGGACGCUCCACCUCCGCCGCGGCGUGCCUCAACUUUCCGGACUCCGCGUGGCUGCUCGUCCUUCCCCCGAAGCUCACCGACCUGGCCGACGUCCGGCGCGCGGCCACCGAGGCCGUCGCGGGCUUCCUGCGCAUGGAGGCCGCCGUCGUCCCCAUCCUGGACGAGGCCACCUCCCCCGUGUACCUGCCGUCGUCCGUGGACAAUGCCGACGACGUGUUUCAGGUUCCGGCUUUCUCCGCGCAGGGCAGCGACAUGUUCGAGCUCGACAUGUCCGGGGAAAUGGACCUGGACGCGUACUACGCGGGCUUUGCCCAGGGGAUGCUCCUGGAGCCGCCGCCCACGCCGUCGCACUGGGAGAACGGAGAAUGCGGCGACGGCGCAGCGGCCGCCGGCCUCUGGAGCUACUGAUGCCUGUAACCUCCAGUGGGUUCACACUGAGGAUUUUGCUAUCCCGAUUGGGCCAACUGAAAACUGCCUCAAGCAUAUUGUUUGGAAC